AUGGCUGAACCGCCCGAAGACGCCAUCGACGAGUUUGUCAGCUUCACAAGCUCGACGCGCGAGCAAGCUAUCAACUUCCUGAAGGCCCACAACAACGACUCACAGAAAGCGAUCAACGCCUAUUUCGAAGACCCUACAGUUGGCCCACAAGAAAAUGCGCUCCGAGUACCCGCAACAGCUCCUCCUUCGCGCCCUCCCUCCCGAGCAAACAUGAAACAACCCUCCCAAGGCGUCGAUUUCGAGUCAACUGCCACGACAGCUGCCCAAAGCUCCGCUGGUGAGGAGCCUCCCGUGGAAGAAUACUGGUCAACAGCUACUGACUGGGGAAACAAAUCAGGCGGUGCCGGACAAGGACUAAGCUUGGCCGAGCGCGAGGAACAAGAACUGCAACAGGCGGUUGCUAUGUCCCUUGGAUCUGGAAAACAGGAGACCGGUGUGACGCUUAAGGGUGAAGCGCAGUUUGGCAAAGCAACACGCGAUCAUUACGAUGAAGGCGCUUGGGCGAUGACUCUGUUUAACACCUCAUCUGAAGAAGUCUUGAUCAGUCCGGAUCCCGAGGACCGCAAGAGGGUUGACGGAGUUCCUGCGUUUAUUCGCCCUACACAUGAAAACCUCUAUCUGGGAGGUCUUCUGACUAUCCUCCAUGAAAUUCCUCUUGCGCGCGAAGCUCUGUUGCUGCGAAACAAGGUGCUCUUUGACUACGGUAAUGACGCGAAUUGGUGGAACGGACAGGCAAUUAACCUCCCAAAAAUUGUCACAGUUCAUGAUAGCCAGGACACAGAUAAUGACUGGGACGAUAUUAUCCACGAGUCACAGCGGCUAAUGGCGUUCCUGGACUCUACCAAACGUGCCUUUGGAAGCAGUGAUGUGCUGGCAAACCUCAAACACGUCAUGUCAUAUUCUUCCGAUUCGGAGGAAAUCGUGGCCCGUUUCCUCGAGAAGUGGCAUGAUGCGGCGCUUAAAGCGGACCCGGACAAUCCUCUUGCAACAAUAUUCAUGUCUCAUGCUUACAAAAACUCUCCUUUCGAAGUAGAUGAAGGGGGAGAGCCCAUUGAGAAGCAACUCUACACGUUCAGCCCCCAGGUUGAGCCAGAUCAUGGCCAAACGCUGUACGACGUCUUGGACAACGCGAUUUGGGGUGAUAGUCCUGGCGAGGAGCUUGACGACGUAUGGCUCGAGACUGUGGGAGAAGUCCUCUUGAUGAAGCUUGAUGCCCCUGAUAGUUCCAAGUCUGUGGAUGUGAAGAUCCCCUCAGUUUUCUAUCCAGAUCGCUACCUCAGCAGCUGUCAAGAGAUUUCUCGUGAAUUCCGCACCCAAAGACUCGAGGUUGAGAGUGAAAUGAAGAGCCUGGAGCAAGCCGUGCAACGUUUGACAUAUCCAAGUUCGCCGGCGGGCACAUUGACUCGGAAGGAGAUCCUCGAAAAAGCUGCCACUGUGGUUCCCAUAAUACUUGCGAAGAAGAUGGCCGGGGACGAUGAAUCAAUGAACCCCCAGGUGGCAAACGAGAAAGCAGAACGGCUUACAAAGGAGCUGAAAGUGGCCUCGGCGAAGCUUGAAGCGAAGCUCAAAGAGCUGGACGAAAGAAAGCAUGUGGCUCACGAGACCAUGCGAAGUUACUCCAGGGCACUCACGGAGCCCUCUCCCACCCCCGGGGAGCCUCCUCUUCGAAAAUACACUCUUCGAGGAGUCUGCACUCAACCGCAUGUCACCUACGUCUUGAGAGCUAACGACGCCGCCAAAUCGGGCGAUUUAAUGGACAUCGAUGAUCGGAACGAUGGCGCUUCUCAAUGGUGGCGCAUUAGCUUCUCCGCUGAAGAUGGAAAAGCGCGCCAGGCCGCGAAGAGGGAAGCUCAGGGCACUCAAUCUGCUAGUCAAAACGGCGAUGUCGUUGGCUACACGGCUCACAGAGUCCGCGAGGUCGAAGUUCUUCGAGCCGCUCGCGAAGAAUAUCGCUCAGUCCUGCUCGUCUAUGCCAACGAUAACGCGGUGAAUGCCAAGGUGGAAGCAGCACCUCAUGCUCUCAGGGGAUUCGUCAACAAAGACAACGAACUAUUUGCAGCCGAGUGCGAGCAGAGUACCAACCCAGGCGAAGAGCCUCAAAGCUCGCCAAAAAAAGACGCCGGCCGGCAACAGCAAUCGACAUCUCAAAGCGGACAUCUGGUGAAUGCGGUUGACUACGAAAUUUCCGAGGACACUGAUCACGGUGCCGGCCAGGAAAUGCAAGAGAAGGGAGGAUCCCGGCUCCUAGGCUCACCCAGUAACACUGCAACCCCAUCGGUAUCACGAACCUUGGAUGAUGAUAUGGAGUGGAGCAUAGGUGAUGAAACGGGCCACGUGGAAAAUGCGAGGACUUGA